AUGAUAGAACUCGACCUUGACCUCUAUCACCCUGAUGACUCCGUUGAUGGGAAAUUGGUCCCCAUUAAGAAGCAAGGUGUGCUUGCCGUUCAGGUGACAAAGCUCAAAUGUGGUGAUCUAAUGAUCGGAUGUUCAAUCGAUCAUCGAGUAGCCGAUGCUUAUUCAGCCAACAUGUUCUUUGUUGCAUGGGCACAGAUUGCUCGAGGAAAAUCUGUAUCUCACACUCCAAUUUUUAGGCGCUCAAUGCUCAAUCCACGACGCCCAGGUCAAUAUGACAAGGUCAUUGAUGAUAUGUACGUUUUUUUGUCAUUGUUGCCACCACCACCACCAAAAGAUCUCAAGCCCAAUGAAGAUCAUCUCAUUAGUCGCAUCUACUAUAUCACAGCUGAGGAAAUCGACCGCCUCCAAGCCAAGGCCAGUUCCAAUGGAUCCAAGAGAAGCAAACUUGUGUCUUUCUCAGCCUUCCUGUGGAAGAUUAUGGCCGAAGGGGGCCAUGAUCAUAGCAAGAAAUGCAAAAUGGGUGCCAAGGAGGAACAUUUUCUCGGACUGAUUGAUUGGGUGGAGUUGCAUCGACCAGAGCAAAUAGUAGCAAAGGUAUAUUUCAAAGAGAGCAAUGAUGAAGAAGCGGUUGUCGUGUCAUCGGGACAACGCUUUAUAGUAUCAGAGAUGGACUUUGGAUGGGGACGACCUGAUUUCGGGUCGUACUAUUUCCCAUGGGGUGGCCAGACUGGGUUUGUGAUGCCAAUGCCUAGUAUAAGCAGGGAAGGAGAUUGGGUCGUGUACAUGCACCUCCCUGAAAAGCAUUUGGAUUUGGUUAAGAAGGAAGCAUCUCAUGUGUUUAGGCCCUUAACUCCUGCUUAUCUGAAAUUCAGAGAUGACUACUUAAAUUAA